UCCGUUGCCAAUACGUGGAGACUGAUUGGGGGAACCACACACACACAUAUUCAUAGAGACCACCAGCAGCACUAUGUUCCUGAUCGUAGGCGCAAUCCUGGCCAGCGCCCUAUUCGCGGGCCUGCUGAUCUACCAGCUGAAGUUCAAGCGGCUGAUAGACCUGAUCAGCUACAUGCCGGGUCCGCCGUCCCUUCCCUUGGUGGGUCAUGGCCACCACUUCAUCGGCAAGCCGCCGCACGAGCUGGUGAAGAAGAUAUUCGAGUUCAUGGACACCUACUCCAAGGACCAGGUGCUCAAGGUCUGGCUGGGACCGGAGCUGAACGUGCUGAUGGGCGACCCCAAGGACGUGGAGGUGGUCCUGGGCACCCUGCGGUUCAACGACAAGGCCGGCGAGUACAAGGCAUUGGAGCCCUGGCUCAAGGAGGGCCUGCUCGUCAGCCGCGGUCGCAAGUGGCACAAGCGGCGCAAGAUCAUCACGCCCGCCUUCCACUUCAAGAUCCUCGACCAGUUCGUCGAGGUCUUCGAGAAGGGUUCGCGGGAACUGCUCGGCAACAUGGAGCGGGAUCGCCUGAAGCACGGCGAUUCUGGCUUCAGCCUCUACGACUGGAUCAAUCUCUGCACCAUGGACACGAUCUGCGAAACUGCCAUGGGUGUGUCCCUCAAUGCCCAGACCAACGUGGACUCCGAGUACGUCCAGGCGGUGAAGACCAUAUCGAUGGUGCUGCACAAGCGGAUGUUCAACAUCCUGUACCGCUUCGACCUCACCUACAUGCUGACCCCGCUGGCGAGGGCGGAGAAGAAGGCGCUGGAUGUGCUGCACCAGUUCACGGAGCGGAUCAUCGUGCAGCGGCGGGAGGAGAUCCUCCGCGGGGGUGGCAGCCAGGAGAGCAGCAGGGAGGACGCGGAUGUGGGCGCCAAGCGCAAGAUGGCCUUCCUGGACAUCCUCCUGCAGUCGACCAUCGACGAGCGGCCACUGACCAAUCUGGACAUCCGCGAGGAGGUGGACACCUUCAUGUUCGAGGGCCACGACACCACCUCCUCGGCCCUGAUGUUCUUCUUCUACAACAUAGCCACCCAUCCGGAGGCGCAGAGGAAGUGCUUCGAGGAGAUCCGAUCCGUGGUGGGCCAGGACAAGGGCACGCCGGUCACCUACGAGCUGCUGAACAAGCUGAGCUACGUCGAUCUGUGCGUCAAGGAGACCCUCAGGAUGUACCCCUCCGUUCCUCUGCUGGGUCGCAAGGUGCUCGAGGACUGCGAGAUAAAUGGAAAACUGAUUCCAGCGGGCACGAACAUCGGCAUCUCACCACUGUAUCUGGGCAGGCGGGAGGAGCUCUUCAGUGAGCCCAACAGCUUCAAGCCGGAGCGAUUCGAUGUGGUCACCACCGCCGAGAAGCUCAACCCGUACGCGUACAUCCCGUUCUCGGCAGGACCCCGCAACUGCAUUGGCCAGAAGUUCGCCAUGCUGGAGAUCAAGGCCAUCGUGGCGAAUGUGUUGAGGCACUACGAGGUGGACUUUGUGGGCGACACCUCGGAGCCGCCCGUCCUGAUCGCCGAGCUCAUCCUGCGCACGAAGGACCCGUUGAUGUUCAAGUUGCGGGAGCGGGUCUACUGAUCCACUCACAUCCUUCUUGUUCCAUUUGUACAUAAACUAAAUUGAAAUUAUGGGAAAUAUAUGC